CAGCUGUCUGCCUGGUGAGCUCGGGCGCAGCCACCUCAUUUGUGUGAGAUGCCGUCUGCUGAAAGGAAGACCUAGCCCUCUUCUGGACUGUGUUCCUCCAUGGUGGUGACUCAUCUCCACUUCUAGGUUGGGCAUGGGAAUGAAGUUUUCUGCUAGAAGAAAAAAGAAAAAAAGAAAAAGGGGUUGGUUGUUCAGCUCUGAUGUGCUCAGCACUGCAUGAUGGGAGCAUCCCCUGCCAAAAGAAAAUUGCCUAGAAGACAAAGUCUUCCCCAAAGAGACAGUGAAACCUAAUCAAACUUCAUCAGUGUAGACUUGCCCAGGAUGAACAGCACCAGAAUAUUAAACUGACAAAGGAGCAGAGGGAAACCUGUUGUCACCAGUUUUCUCUAUGUUAUAAAACAGGAUGAGAAGUGGCUUGUAAUAUUUAAAAUUUGUAUGGGAGGGAAAGGAAGAGCCAGGGUGUAUGGAGUGGCAGGCUGGAAGUAAUCUGCCCCUGGAAUAUCACUCAGUACUUUAUAAUGCCCCUGCCCCCCUAAAGUAGUUGAUGUAGAAAAAAAAAACCAUUAAAAAAAAAAAAGAAAAGAAGAAAGCUUCCUGCUAGCAAGGGCAUGCUUGGAAGAAAAAGAGAAACUGGGAUUUGCUGAGGAGGCGGUGUACUGCCUGGUGCCCUGAUGUACUAAAAGAAACUGCUGAGAUAAGACACAGCACUUCAGGGGUGAGCUUACUAAACACGCUUCUAGGAGCACCCACAGUCCUGGGAAAAACGUCAGGACUUCUAGGUGCUUCUCUUUGGCUGUUGGCAUUCCUGUCCCCUUUCCAUUCCUGAUGAAGGAAUGGGGGUGGUUGUACAGGGAGUGCAGGAGGAAUAACUACCUCCUAGCAGGGAAAAUUGGUAGUAAAAGGCCUCCAUCCAAAGAGUCAGAAGGGAAAAUCCUUCUGCCAAGGCUGGGCUGUGUGGUUAUGUCCAUAAGAACGUGGCUGUUUCCCCAUGACGGACUGCCGGGGUUGGAGCACCGCCUGUCUAAACAGAACCUUAGUGCAGGUUGUAAAGUGCAGCUCUAACGGGGCACUGCCCGUUACCGCCUGCACCCCCCGGCCGCUGUUCCGCCUCUCUGUCCCUCUCUCAUCUGACAUCGAUGUGAACCAAAGUAGAACGGUUCUUUCCUUGGGCUACAGGCUGGGCUCCAACGAGGAGCUUUGGUCUCUGUAACACAGCCUGAGGCUUACUGCCCUGCGAGCCCUUGGUGAGUGCUGCGCGCUGGGGCUAGCAGCCGUUCCGCGCACCGCCGGUGAGGGUGUGCGGGAACCAGCCCAUCAGCACGGGUGGAAAUGUUCUCCAAGCAGCAGCCACCACAGAGAUCCAACGAACAAUAAACAUCCUUGGUAGCUGCUCAGCUCAGGUGGCUGUGGGGCACAGGCACGGAGGGCCAGGGCAUCCUCGCGAAGCCCCCGUCCCACGAGCACAUAAUUGCACACUUGUGGACAACAUGUCCUCACCUCAGCUCCACCUGCAGCCCCUGGUUUUGGCCCUUAAGGUAGUUGUGUAUCUAACAGCCCAGACACCAGAGGCAAGGAAAAUCCCUGUGGAAAUUGCAGGUUGUAUGAAUGAAAAUGGUAAUAACGCUCACAGCAGUGCCCCAGUGAAACUCCCCACAGCCUUCAGUGAAAGCAUCAGUCAGUCCUUCCAGAGAGGGUGGAAAUGGGAACAGCAAUGAAACCCUCUCCAGCGGAUUUGGAGAAAGCACGCUGCACUGGCGAAAGGCAAUGCUGAGCAGCACCCAGCUCCGGCUCGCUGACAUUUCCAUCUGAAUCCACCUGAAGGGGGUGAGAUUUUGGGGAAGAAAGAGGCUUCUCUCCAUCUCCAGGCCAGAAUCUGAUCUCCAGACUACCUUGCUGGUUAUCAAUAGAGGCAACAGUUGUGAUUGCAACUCAACACUCCUCCUGCCCUGGAACAUCAUUGAAGAAAACGGACUUUUCAAUUGCAAGAGCAAGGGGACUGAGACAUCGUUUCAGUCAUCAGCAAUAAUUGGCAACGAAGGACCGGCAUGCGUUCUCCAUUGACAUAGGAUUUCUUCCUGGUCUACCAAGAUUGGUCUAAAAUUUCAGACCUGAUUGCUCCUCUAACCUACGAAACAGGAUGAACAAGCGAUCGUUUCUCGGAACCUGGGUGGCCCUUUUGGUGAUAACUGCGCGACAGCGAGCUGACGUCAUGGCAAGUCUGUAUCCAUUCUGGCAGAAUGACACAAAAACGCCUAAAGUUGAUGAUGGAAGCUCUCCUGAGAUCAAGAUCUCUGUCCCAUUCAUCUUUCUUGGAGCCCCAUACAGAAGCAUUUAUGUCAACAACAAUGGCGUGAUUUCCUUCAACGCGCUUGUCAGCCAGUUCACGCCAGAGGCCUUCCCCCUGACGGACGGCCGGGCCUUCGUCGCGCCCUUCUGGGCAGACGUGCACAACGGCAUCCGGGGAGAAAUCUACUACAGGGAGAGCACAGACCCCGAGCUGCUGAGGAGAGCCUCCAAAGACAUCCGCAAGCACUUCAAAGACAUGUCCUCUUUCUCCGCCAUCUGGAUUUUCAUCGUCACCUGGGAGGAAGUCACUUUCUAUGGAGGAAGCAGCACAACUCCGGUAAACACUUUCCAAGCUGUCCUAAUCACAGACGGAGUGUCAUCUUUUGCCAUAUUUAACUACCAUGAAAUCAGCUGGACCACAGGGACAGCCAGCGGAGGGGACCCCCUAACUGGUCUUGGUGGGGUGAUGGCCCAGGCUGGCUUCAAUGGUGGAAAUGUCACCAACUUCUUUAGCAUCCCAGGCUCCAGAACUCCUGACAUUAUCAAUAUUGAAGAAACAACCAAUGUUAAUGUUCCAGGGCGCUGGGCUUUCAAAAUAGAUGGCAGGGAAAUAGAUCCAGCCAAUGGUUGCAGCCUGAGAGGACAGUUUCUCCGUCAAGGGGAGAUCUUCUGGGACAAUGCCAACUGCACCACCAAGUGCCGCUGCCUGGAUUUCAACAAUGAGAUCUUCUGCCAGGAGGUGGCUUGCGGCCCCUUUGAAGCGUGCGAGCUGAAGACCAAGUUCUUCCAGUGCGUGCCGGUGGAAAGCAGCACCUGCGUGGUGUUUGGAGAUCCACAUUACCACACCUUCGAUGGCUUCCUCUUUCACUUCCAGGGUUCCUGCUCCUACCUCCUUGCCAGGCAGUGCUGGCCAGACUCCCAGCUGCCCUACUUCAACGUGGAGGCCAAGAAUGAAAACCGAGGCGGCUCCUCCGUCUCCUGGCUGAGGGAUAUUUUUGUGGAGGUCUACUCACACAAGAUUGUCCUCCCUAAGGGCAGCUUUGGGAAAGCAAAGGUGGAUGACUUGGUGGUGUCCCUACCCAUCUCUCUGGAACUGGGCGCAAUAAAAGUCUACCAAAGUGGCUUAUCUACAGCCCUGGAGACUGACUUUGGCCUGCUGGUGACCUACGAUGGACAACACUAUGCCUCCAUCUCUGUUCCGGGCACGUACAUCAAUGCCACAUGCGGUCUGUGUGGGAAUUACAAUAAGGACCCCGAGGAUGAUACCCUCCGCUCAGACGGGAGUUUGGCCGUGUCCGUGCCGGACCUGGGCGAGAGCUGGCGAGUGCCGCACCCUGAGCGAAAAUGCUCAGCUGGCUGCUGGGACAACUGCAGCCUCUGCGACACUGCCACCGAGUCUCUCUAUUUCACCUCCGAAUACUGUGGCUUCAUCAACAAGAGCAGUGGGCCGCUGUGGGAGUGCAGUGCUGUUGUGGACCCCACUGCCUUCGUCCACAGCUGCGUCUAUGACCUCUGCAGCAAACGGGAUAACGGCACCAGCCUGUGCCAAGCCAUCCAGGCAUACGCCGCAGUGUGCCAGGCCCUGGGCAUCUCGGUGGGAGAGUGGCGCACCCAGACGGGAUGCAUGACAGCCGUGCAGUGCCCAGAGCUCAGCCACUACUCGGUGUGUGCCAGCAGCUGCCCCGCCACAUGUUCGGACCUCACGGCCCCGCUUGCCUGCACAUCCCCAUGCAUCGAGGGCUGCGAGUGCAACGAGGGCCAUGUCCUCAGCAUGGACCGCUGCGUCCCCGUCCAGAAGUGCGGCUGCGAUGUGGAUGGCCGGUACUAUGCCAUCGGGGAGUCUUUCUGGGCAGUAGCAGACUGUACAGUGGAGUGCCAGUGUGAGGAUGGCGGGGAGGCCAGGUGCUUUAAUACCACCUGUCCCGAAGGAGAGGUCUGCUCCAUUGAGAAUGGCUACCGGGGCUGCUACCCCAAGCGAGAGAGCCUGUGUUUGGUGGGGCAGAACCAGGUGCUGCAGACAUUUGAUGGUGUCACCUUCCCCUAUCCACUGGAGCACUCCUACACGCUGCUCAAAACCUGUCCAGAGAGACCAGACUUCAUCGAGGUGGACAUCAGCCAAAAGAAACCCGGAUCCGCUCCCAAUGGACCACGUGUCGUGCGGAUCCAGGCAGUUGGCCAAGAGGUGAAGAUUGGAGGCACCAGCCUGUCAGAGAUCAAGGUGAAUGGUUAUGAUGUGGAGCUGCCCUAUUUCCACCCUUCUGGCCGCCUGGAAAUUUACCGUAGUGACAACGGCACCAUGAUGGAGUUGGAGGGGCUCCUGGCUAUCGGCUACUAUGACUCAGGCCUCCUAGAGAUCCACCUCUCCACCACCUACUUCAACUGCACUGGGGGCCUGUGUGGCUUUUUCAACGGCAACGCCAGCGAUGAGUUCUGCUUGCCCAAAGGCAAGUGUACGGACAACCUGGAGCUCUUCCUGGAGAGCUGGACCACGUUUGAUGAGAUCUGCAAUGGGGAGUGCGGGGACCUCCUCAAGGCUUGCAAUAAUGACUCAGAGCUGCUCAAGUCAUACAGGAGCCGCUCCAACUGCGGCAUCAUCAACGACCCCACCAACAGCUCCUUCCUGGAGUGCCACAGUGUGGUCAAUGUCUCAGCCUACUACAGGACGUGCCUCUUCCGUCUCUGCCAUAGUGGGGGCAACUUGUCGGAGCUGUGUGACUCGGUGGCACGCUACGCCAGUGCCUGCAAGAAUGCCGAGGUGGACAUUGGCCAGUGGAGGAGCCACAGCUUUUGCCCUCUCAUCUGCCCAGAGAACAGCCAUUUUGAGGAGUGCAUGAGCUGCGUGGAGACCUGCGAGACCCUGGCCACCGGCCCUGUCUGCGCCGACACCUGUGCAGAGGGCUGCCAGUGCAAUGAGGGCUUUGCUCUCCGUGGCACCCGCUGCGUUCCCCGCAGCGAGUGCGGCUGCAAUUUCGAGGGGCGCCAGCUGGCCACCAACCAGACCUUUUGGAUGGACAUCGCCUGCCACUUCCUCUGCUACUGCAAUGGCUCCGACAACAGCGUGUAUUGUGAGAAUGUCUCCUGCAAGGAUGAUGAGUACUGCCUGGAGGAGAACGGCCUUUACUACUGUCAUGUCCGCACUGAUGCCUCCUGCAUCAUCUCCGGCUAUGGGCACUACCUGACUUUUGAUGGCUACUCUUUCGACUUCCAGAGCAGCUGCGCAUUGGUCCUGUGCACCACGAUCACCCGACCGAGGGCAGAGCGCUCGGACACUUUCCCAGCGUUCACUGUUACAGCCAAGAAUGAGGAUCGGGACACCUCUCUGGCCCUGUGGGUGAAACAAGUUGAAGUAGAGGUCUUCAAUUACAACAUUGUCAUCCACCGUGCUUACAAAUAUACUGUGCUGAUCAAUGAUGAGCGUCUCUACCUGCCCCUGAAGCUGGGCCAGGGCAAAGUGAACAUCUUUGCCUUUGGCUUUCACAUUGUGGUUGAGACCGACUUUGGGCUGAAGGUGGUGUACGAUUGGAAGACCUUCCUCUCUGUCACCGUCCCACGCAGUUUCCAGAACCUGACCUACGGCCUCUGUGGCCGCUACAAUGGCAACCCUGAGGAUGAUCUGACAGCAGCAGGCGGUGUGCCAGCUGCCAGCGUCACUGAAUUUGUCCAGAGCUGGGCGAAGCGGGAUGCAUUCUGCCGUGUGGGCUGUGGUGACCGUUGCCCUGCUUGCGGGAAGGUGGAAGGCUUUUGGAAACCCCAACAGCUCUGCAGCCUCAUCCCAAGCCAAAGCGGCGUCUUUGCUAAAUGCCACAGCAAGAUCAGCCCCAGCUUCUUCUACAAGAACUGCCUCUUUGACACCUGUGUUGAUGGGGGAGCCAUGCAAACAGCCUGCAGCUGGUUGCAGAAUUACGCCAGCACAUGCCAGACACAAGGCAUUGCCAUUACCGGCUGGAGGAACUUCACCUCAUGCUCCGUCAGCUGUCCCCCCAACAGCCACUAUGAGAGCUGCGUGUCCCUGUGCCAGCCCCGAUGUGCUGCCAUCCGGCUGAAGAGUGACUGCAGCCACUACUGCAUGGAGGGAUGCCAGUGUGACCCUGGGUAUGUCCUCAACGGCAAGAGCUGCAUCCUUCCCCACAACUGCGGCUGCUAUUCCGAUGGCAAAUACUACGAGCCCAAGCAGCUCUUCUGGAAUGGGGACUGCACCCGCCGGUGCCGCUGCUUCCGGCGCAACCUCAUCCAGUGUGACCCACGGCACUGCAAGUCGGACGAGGAGUGCGCCCUGCGCAACGGCGUCCGUGGCUGCUUCAGCACCAGGAGCUCCUUCUGCCUGGCAGCAGGCGGCGGCGUCUUCCGCACCUUCGACGGGGCCUUCCUCCGCUUCCCUGCCAACUGUGCCUUCGUCCUCUCCACCAUCUGCCAGAAGCUGCCUGACUUCUCCUUCCAGCUCAUCAUAAAUUUUGACAAGUGGUCGUCGCCCAAUCUCACUGUCAUCUCCCCCGUGUACUUCUACAUCAACGAGGAGCAGAUUCUCAUCACUGACAGGAAUACUGUCAAGGUGAACGGCAGCCACGUGAGCAUCCCCUUUGUCACGGGGCUUUCCACAAAGAUCUUCAGCCAGGAGGGUUUCCUGGUCAUUGACUCCAGCCCCGACAUCCAGAUCCGCUACAAUGGCUUCAAUGUCAUCAAAAUUGUCAUUGGGGAGCGGCUGCAAAACAAGGUGUGCGGCCUCUGCGGCAACUUCAAUGGCGACCAGACAGAUGACUAUGCAACGCUGCGGGGGAAGCCGGCGGUCAGCAGUGUGGUGCUGGCACAGAGCUGGAAGACCAACGGCAUGCAGAAGAGCUGCAACGAGCUGCAGUACUCGCAGUACGCCGCUUCCUGCGACAACGUCCAGAUCCAGGAGCUGCAGAGCGACAGCUACUGCCUGAAGCUGACAGACAUGAAAGGCUUCUUCCAGCCCUGCUACGGCCUCCUGGACCCCCUGCCCUUUUACGAGUCCUGCUUUCUGGAUGGCUGCUACAAUCACAAGAAGGUCCAGCUGUGUGGCUCACUGGCUGCCUAUGGCGAGGCCUGCCGCACCUUCGGCAUCCUGGGCACUGAGUGGAUCGAGAAGGAGAAUUGCUCAGGAGUGGUGGAAGAUCCCUGUGUGGGCGCUGACUGCCCCAACCGCAGCUGCGAGCUGGACAACGGCGGGGAGCUGUGUGGGUGCAUCGAGCCACCACCCUAUGGGAACACCACCCAUGACAUCAUUGAUGCAGAGGUGACCUGCAAAGCUGCCCAAAUGGAGGUGUCCAUUUCCAAGUGCAAGCUGUUCCAGCUGGGCUUUGAGCGCGAGGGGGUGCGGGUCAAUGACCGCCACUGCCCCGGCAUCGAAGGGGAGGACUUCAUCUCUUUCCAGAUCAACAACACCAAAGGCAACUGUGGCAAUGUGGUGCAGUCGAACAGCACACACAUAGUGUACAAGAACACGGUGUGGAUUGAGAGUGCAAACAACACAGGCAACAUCAUCACCCGGGACCGGACCAUCAACGUGGAGUUUUCCUGUGCCUACGAGCUGGACAUCAAGAUCUCCCUGGAUUCAGUUGUGCGGCCAAUGCUCAGCGUGAUUAACCUGACGGUGCCGACGCAGGAAGGGAGCUUCACAACCAAGAUGGCCCUGUACAAGAACUCAUCCUACAAGCACCCUUACCGGCAGGGCGAGGUGGUGCUCACCACCCGAGAUGUGCUCUACGUGGGGGUCUUUGUGGUCGGGGCUGAUUCCAACCACUUGAUCCUGAUGCUGAACAAGUGCUAUGCGACACCCUCACGGGACAGCAACGACAAGCUGCGCUACUUCAUCAUCGAGGGAGGGUGCCAAAACAUGAAGGACAACACCAUCGGCAUAGAGGAGAACGGGGUGUCAUUGACAUGUCGUUUCCACGUCACCGUCUUCAAGUUCAUCGGGGAUUAUGAUGAAGUUCACCUCCACUGCGCCGUCUCGCUCUGCGAUUCAGAGAAAUACUCCUGCAAAAUAAACUGCCCUCAGCACACGAGGAUGGCCAGCGCGUUUGCUGAGGAGCCCAAGGAGCAGAUCAUCUCAGUGGGGCCUAUUAGGAGGAAGCGAUCGGACUGGUGCGAGGACAACGGUGGCUGUGAGCAGAUCUGCACAAGCCAGGCAGAUGGACCCCUGUGCAGCUGCGUGACGGGGACACUGCAAGGGGAUGGCAAGAGCUGCAGGGGCAAGUACUGCGGGCGGCACAGCAGAGGAGCCUGGGGCAAGCAUGACGGGGGGCUUCCGAGUCCAGGGGUGAACAGUGCAGGGAAGGUGGCUGGAACAUGCAGUGUGUCACAGAUAGGAGGGAGGCAGAGAGCAGGGGGACAGAGGUGCCUGGUGGCAUGGCACCUGAGGGCCGUGAGGCCAAUGACGGCAGACUUUGAAGAGCUGGCAGGCAGUUGCAAGGGUGGUGAUGCCAUACAGCAUGGUGCAGGGCAGUGGCAGGGUAGAGACCAUGGAUAGAGGCUGGAGGACAAUUAGGGGGCUUGUGAGAGAGGGGCCCAGCAGCAAAUUGCAGCUUGCGGGGCACCCGGGGGGGAGGGUUGUGCCAGGGCCCCAGCUCAUGUGGGUCUUGUUGUGUUGGCAGCCUCCAGCUCUUCAGGGGAGCACCAUGCCCGUGUGACCAUUCUGGUGGCAGCCCAGCUGUGGCUGCGUGCAGCUCUGCGGGACCUGACCUCGUAGGCACGGCUCUGCCGUCCAGCAAUGUACUGUUCUCACGUCAGCCUGAGUCUUUGUAGGGUAGGAGACAGCACCCCCACAGUGGCCAAGCUGCCGACGACCCGUUCUGCAUGGAGGUGAGAGAGAUCAGAUGCAGACCCGGACAUGAAGGUGGCACACAGCAAGCGCAGCAGCAGCGACAGCGAGGCAGAGCUGGAUGUUUGCUGGCAUCGAUGUGGGGCUUUGGCGGGGGGGGGGGGCGGGUUGCAGGUUUCCAUCAUUGGCGUGGGAGUUGAGGGGUUAUUUUGCAGCUUUUCCCAGGCUUUCCCUUGUAGCAUGCACUGUAGGUGGCCUGCAGCCCUGUCAGUAGUGCGGGAUGGGAUGGAGUGCAUGCUGUCCCCUUGCACAGGUGGCUGCAGGUCUCCAUGGUCCUCAGGAGCUGCCGUCGGUGACUCAAGAGUGCAUGGACUCAGCCAGAGGUAGGUGUUGCAGCCAGUUGCAGGCUGGAGUGCUGUGUUGUCAUCAGACGCUGUGACACUUUGGAAGUGUGUCGCCCUCCAUCUCUCCAGAGCACAGGUGGUGUUUGAGGUGUGUGGUGGAGGGCUGAGCUUGUCCCCAGGGGUCUGGGAAGCUUGUUCGUGCGCUGCAGUGGUGGCAAGCUGGUACCAAUGUUUGGAAAGAGGUGCUUUCUGGUGGGCAGGAGCAAGAGCCAGAGAAAUGAGGGAUGAAACUCCCUCCCAUGUUUGGUGGUGUGCCACAGCGGUUUUUUGAGGGUGAAAAUGUGCUCAGGGUCCAGAGGCAUGGGGUGGUAUUGGGGUGCCCAGGAGGAGAGUUGAGAGCAGUCUUGGCAUGCUGGUGGGUGGGUGGGUGGGCUGUCUGUGUUGGUGUCUUGUCUUGUGUUUGUACUUUGUGAAAUGGCUGUGUGGGAAUAAAAAGUGUUGUAAUCCUUCGUUAAGAUGUGUGGUCCUGUAUGAUGAUGAUAAGGAUGGGGAGAGACCGCAUGUGGUGUGUGCCAGAGCCAAGGAAGGAGGUGCACCUGUGGUUUAUUAGGUGGAUGGGAUGGGGCAAGUAGUAAGCUGUUGUGGGAAGGGGGCACCCAAGUUCUCUGCCAGGUUUAAAAUUUUCAGUGUAAUGAGAAAAAAGGACAGCAGAGUUGCUUCCUUGCUGAGGUUACUCUAACCUCAGUUCCUGGAAAAAUUAUGAAGAAGAUUAUAUUGGGUACUAUUGAAAGGCAUUUAGCGAGUAAUGCAAUCAUCAGGCACAGUCAGUGUGGGAAAACCUCCUAUUUAACUAAUCGGAUGUCCUUCUCUGAUGAGGUCAACUGCCUAGCAGAUGAAGGGAAGGCAGCAGAUGUAGUUUUUUCUGGAUUGUAGUAAGGCUUUUGAUACUGUUCCUCACAGCAUCCUGUGGGCAUGUAGACAUGAUGGUGCGGCUGGGUUGGGUGUGUGUCAAGGGGGCUGUCAGGGUGCCCGGUGUGGAGGGAGGGCUGUCCAGCAGCAUGUGGCUGCUGGGUGGGUGUCCAUUUGUCUACAGGCAAUGUGUGGUAGAAGCUGGGGCGCUGGCCGACGAGGCUGGUUGGGGACAUGACCAAGUCAAGCAGAGGUGUGGGGUCUGGUGCUGUGAGAUGGAGCUGGGAUGUAGCGGAGAGCAUGCAGAGGAGACUGGGGCAGGAGGAGGGCAGCUGGUUCCCCUUGCCUUGAGAGAAGAGGUGUGUAGUGGGGUGUUGUGGACUCUCUCUGCUUCCUUUCUCUGCCUCUUCUCUCUUUGCUUGUCUGCUUAUGCUAUGCUCCCUUGUCUUUCUCUGCUGUCUUUGCUCUCUGACUUACCUCUGUGCACUCUCUGCCUUGCUGUGCCUCUGCCAUACCUCACCCUUGGAAAUGGUGAACUAACCCCGUCCGUCUGGCUGUCUUUGUUGGGGGUAGCUAGCUAGCUAACUGGCUAUGUUGUUGGAGGUGGCUAAGUCUGUUGCUGCUCUUGAUGACUGGGUGCCUGGGCAGGGGGGUGGCUCAUUGAGGAGUGCUUGGCUUCAUUGGUGGUGCAGGUGGCAGAGGGACACUGAGGGAGGAAUGCCUGCUGUGACUGUCUUCAUUGCUGUGAUUGGGGUGCCCAGAGGAAGGUCAGUGGGUGAAGCAGGGCAGCCAGGCAGGUGCCCAGGCAGGCUGUGGGAGCUGCCCAGGUGCUGGAGCCACAGCCGCAUUGCCAGGCCAAGUCCUCCCUCCAUUUGCUUCAGUCCCUCUUCUGGUGUGCUGCUUUUGGCUAGGCUAGAAUUAUUUUUCUUCAUAGUAGUAGUCCAGGGCUGUUUCAGAUCUGUGCUGAAAACAGUUCAUCCUGUUUUGCUUUGCUUGCGUGCGUGGCCUUCUGCUGUGUGACUAUUAAACCAUCGUUUUCUUGACCCGCUAUUUUUCUCACUUUCACCCUUUUGAUUCUCUCCCCUAUCCCGCCGGGGCAGAGCGAGUGAACAGCCGGCUAGGUUUAAACCACAUCUCGCUGCCACCUUCUUCCCCCUCUACCCCUGCUCUCUGCCACAGCCAUGCUACCACGCUGCAUGCCCCCUGAACCAUCUGCUCCGCAACAUACCUACAUGCCACAUCACUCGAGCUCCCAAGCAGGGUGUGCAUACCAAUACAUCCAGGCAAAUGGGACUGCUGUCCUGCCUCACUGGAUGUGAAGAUGACACCACCAUCAAUGCAGAGACCCCACGCUCCACAGCGCUGCCCCUCAGAACUGACAGUGGUGCUCCUGACUCUGUGCCUCUGCAUGGCACAGCCUGAAGACACCCCACACCCUGCUUCCUCCACUCCCCACCCUUUGUGGUGCUGAUGCACACCAGGGACACCGCCAACUCACACAGAGAGCUCACCUUUCCAAACGCUGCCUCCUUAGAUACAUUCCCUCGACCUCACAAGGUGCUGAGAGACUGCUAAUCAAUCCCCUAUUUCCUGGCAAAUGCUCCUGCCAAGCCCAGUGCACCUUAGUGGUCCACGCCCGCAGCAGACCCCUCAGGGCAGAUGCUCAGCAAGUAGGCCUGCCAAAGUUGUUCCUAUUAUCUGAGGCCUUCAUCGAGAAUCUCACACAUAAACCAGCAAACCAGUUUGGCCAGAGACUGGGCUGAUAAGUGGCCAAAACUGCAUGAACACAACAGAAAAUCUGACUAUGAAUCAACCGCUCUUCACACUGUAUCUGCAGCCAUCAGGCUGCUUUGCCCUCUCCCUCUGCAGCAGUGGCCUACAUGGCGGCAGUCUCCCCUCAAGGCUGAGAGAUGCCUUACCCGUCACCACACGUCAGUAGGUUGCUACGUGACAUUUUUUGCACACGUAUAAUGGUUUAAGACACCUGUAGUCAGCUUAACACAAUAAUCUCUGUAUUCCAUGCUAACAUGAAGUGCAGCAGAGAACAGUGUUGAUGCAAGAUUCAUCUAGGCAUUAAAUAUUUUACAUACCUCAAUUUACUGAUUAGAACUCAAUAAACUAGCUACUGUGGAUCACAGCUGUCUGCGUGAUCUCUAACUCUUCUCCUGCAACACCCCUCCUGCCCACAGUGCCUGGCACCUGACUUGCGAUGUCCUCACUGAUACCAGCCCCUUGGGCCAUGCCAGCACAAACACCUGGCAGGGCCAGUGUGACACCUCUGCACAGUGAGGUGUGCAGCAAAACAGCGCAGUCGGGCUGGCCAUACCUCAGUCCUAGAUUUGCCAUCCCACACCUUGGUCAGGGCCCUUACCACCAACAAGGGCCUCUUUACCUGUGUCAAUUCCUCACUGCCCCCAGGGACACGAUGUCCUUGCCCGCCCUGGGCAGCCUGUUCCUCUGUCUCGCCACUCUGAUCCUAACCCAUUGCUACCUGACAGCCACAUCACAGGCACCGACCCAAAGACCAUGUAGAGCAGGAAGGGAUCCCCGAGUCUCCCUGAGGCUCUUUCCUCACAAAACAAACCUAAUUCGCUGUGGGGCUCCACCGCACACGCUAUGCUUUCCCCACCAUCACUUUUGUCCCUUCCCUCAUGUCUUGUCCCUGCGCCAGGGAAGAUGGAUUGAUGCCUCCCUCUCCUCCUGCAUAACCUCCACUGCUCUCCUAAAUCUGCGCACUCCACACCUUUGCCUGUUUCCAUUGCCACUCUGGCAGACACCUUCUGAGUGUUUCUUCACAUAUGAGGUGACGUCUGUGUGCCGCAAAGCACUCUCCUUUCCCCUCUGCAAGCUGCUGUAUGCCCAAAGAUCUCUGAGACGUGGUGAGUGCCACCUGCUGUGCCCAGAUUCUGCCAAGACCCCUCCUUCUGUAUUUUCUGGUGCCUCACACCACUGUGUUCCCAGCUUCACAAGAUGAGAAUGUACGAUAGAGUCACCUGGGGUUCUCAGCCCCUGCUCAUAGGAAGGGCCUGCUAGCCCCACUGCCCUUGUCUGGACGUGGUCCAAAGCCUUCCUGCCUUCGUUAGCGAGUGGGGCCCCCACAGCGCUCCAGGUGAGGCUUCACCCAUGCUCCCUACUGCAGAAGUGCCUGCUCAGGCUGGCCACGGGCGCCACCUGUGCCCCAAAACACGGUCUGCCCGCCCGCCCUGCUGGCACCUUCCCACACAGCCCCGCUCUGGCUGCUUGCUUUAAAAAAAAGCCGACAAACCACGCCACAGUCUCCCAGGAACCUCCUCUUGCCCUGGUCUGUCUUGCACUGGUCUCCUGGGAUGGCACGCAGUGCUCCCGGCAGGUUUGGGGGUGAUGGGCCUGAGUAUGGGCGACUGCCUCCCUCGAGCCCACAGCCACGCUUUCCCUGACAGGGCCGGGGGAAGCCACUGGUUGGCUUCCCGCGCUGCAGGCGGCGUGCCUCGCUGCCUCCCGCCCCACUGCCGCCCCGCCGGCCCCGAGCGCUCCCAUGCAGCGUACCACGCGCUCAUUCUUCACCCCGGGCAUCACCCUGACCCAGACGCCCACACACAGGACCUC